CUCCUGACCUGACCCUUUCAAACCAGUACAAUCGCUACUUAUAUCGUCCACCUAAUUUAAUUCCUCUCCUUUCCACACUCACUACCGCUUCAUCCAUAAUCGAAAGCUCUUCACCACACUCACAACACUCAGAGUAUUCUAGUAAUCUCCAUCGGUUGCUCGUCAUUUCUCUCCCGUCAACAGUCUCAUACUACUCGAUUCGGCCGUAAUCCCUCGUCAACAUUGUCAAAAUGAAGUUCUCUCUCGCUGCCGUUAGCGCCUUCGUGGCUUAUGCUCUCGCUAAGCCCGCCCUCACCAACACUGAUUUCAACAUCCAGGAGGGCGUCGAUUAUACCCUUGAGUGGAAGAAUGCCACUGGUCCCGUCACCCUCACCUUGAUGACUGGCCCUGAUGCGGACCAUAUGACUCCCUUCAAGACUAUUGCUUCCGGUGUUACUGGUGACUCGUACACCUGGACUCCUGAGGAUGUUCCUUCCGGCACUUAUGCCUUCAAGAUUGCCGAUGGUGACUCUAAGGCGGACGAAAACUACAGUGUCCGCUUUCCCUACGUUGGCAGUGCCGAGGCCACCAGCAGCGCUGCUAGCACCCUGAGCACCGUCACCAAGACCAGCACCUCUACGGUCUCUACCAUGGUCUCCUCCACUGUUGAGUCGAGCACCAUUGAGUCCAGCUCCGCUGCCUCCAGCACUGAUGCUAGCAGCACUGCCACCUCUGCCGCUUCUUCCGCUGCUGCCACCACCACCAGCACCCGUGCCGCUACUUCUACCGGUUCUGCCCCUACCAGCAUGCCCCCCAACACCAACAAUGCUGAGCGUUUCGCUUCUCCUCUAGCGCUCAUCCUCGGAACCGUCGCCGCCCUCGUCUUCUUUAACUAAGAAGCUUACGAUUAUGUAAUCGAAGAAAGCCACAACACUUUGCGAUGUGGUUCUCGUACAUAAUUUCUUCUUUCUUGACGGAGCAACAUGUUCAUAAUUGAGCUUCGACGCCUCAGCACGCUCCAAACGACUGAAUAGUCUCCGAAGUCCGCUUUUGAAUUUGGGGAUAAUCCUGUUCUUGGAGUUGGCUUGGUGUUUUACUGUGGGAAAAUUUGGGCUCUUUGUGAUGGCUUAAUGAAAGGAUGGAUACGAACGGGAGGAGAGCUAUUGCGGCA